AUGGCAGCAAAAGAGUGGGAAGGCGAGUUCGAUCCAAUGGCGGAUCCAGAAGAGCAAAGACAUCUCUUGUCCGUCUUGGAUUCAUUCCGAUCCUACCGCCGCCUAGCGCACUUUAAUGGCACUCAUGUGCGUCGACAGGCGUUUUACUCCUUACCACAGGAGCACUGGAUGCUUUUGUCCAAACCACCCUUUUCCAUCCUGGAUUCGCUAUCCAAGUUGGACGACUUGAUCGAUGGCAAUGCAGAGUUGGCUGAAUCCAUAUUCGUGGCUGGUUUCAAGGCUUUCCUUGCGCCGACGAUGGAUAGUGACUGGGUUGCUUCCAUAGUGCCUGAAAAGUAUGCACACGACGAGUACCGGAUCUACUCGAUUGUGAUGGAUCACUUGAAUGUGCAGACGUCCAAGACUGACCUGGAAAAGGCAAGAAGCUGCAUCCAUCAAUUCUACCGGGAAUGGAGUGCAGAAGGCGCAAUCGAGCGAUCCCAGUGUUUCGAACCAGUCAUCUCCGCUCUACAAGUCGAGUUUACGUCGAGAGCGGAAAUGGAUCCCGCCCUGGAUCGUGCAGCGUUCAAGGUUCUCGCUCCUGGCGCUGGUCUGGGCCGCUUCGUCUUUGAUGUAUGCUGUGCUGGCUUCAGCGUCGAGGGCAACGAGAUUUCCUACCACGAACUCAUGGCCAGUUCCUUUCUAUUGAAUCACGUGCAGGGUGCCAGGGCCUUCAAGAUUGCGCCCUUUGCCCUCAACGGCUCGAACCACGUGUCGCGCGCCGAUCAAUUCCAGACAUGCCAGAUACCAGACAUCAACCCAAGUGACGAGUUGUCGCGAGCUCAGCAGUCCAGUGUCCCUGGUCAUGAACGGAUGAGCAUGGCAACGGGCGACUUUUGCGUUGUCUACAAGAGCAUGGAAUAUGCAGGUUCAUUCGAUGCGGUGACGACGGUCUUCUUCAUUGACACGGCGCCGAACCUGAUUCGCUACAUUGAAACUGUGCGCAACUGCCUCAAGCCCGGCGGAGUAUGGAUCAACCUCGGUCCACUGCUGUGGCAUCAUGCAGCACGAAAGGACGACGAGGGUGACAAGAAUCAGAGGCAGCACGACGGAAAGGGUGGAGCAGGCGAUGCAGGCAUUGGGGACCCAGGCUCUGUCGAGCUGACCAACGAGGAAGUGAUUGGACUUGUCGAACAUUUUGGAUUUUCAGUAGAACGGCAUGAUGAGAAGAUGUGCGAGACGGGGUACAUUAGCAAUCCGCGUAGCAUGUUGCAGAGCACGUAUCGACCGUCGUUUUGGAUAGCCAGGAAGCAGUGA